AUGGUGACUUUCUUUCAGACCGUGCAUGCUUCUGGCCCCGGAUCAGUAGCCACAACACCGCGUCCGUCUACAAGCGGCAGCAACAAUGCCGCGACCCGGCUUUCUGAAGCUAUUGACGAAUUCUUGGGCGAUGUGGAGCAGAAAUUCAAGGUCAUGAACGACGAGAUUCUGACAAAGUUGGAUGAUAUGGCCGAACGAUGCGAUAGACUGGAAGCGGAGUUGCUACUGAGGGAAGCUGAAGGGGCAAAGAUUACAUCAGGAUCGACAGACGGUUCAUCGUGA